CACAUGUUUUCAAUGAUUGGGAGCGCAUGGUCCGUCAUUACUAUCUCAUUCUGUCCUUGUACACAGCAGAGGAAACAUGAGGCUCCUGGCGGUCCUGCUGCUCGUUUUGAUCGCAGAGACUUUCGCUGCAGAUGAAUCUUGUAUGGGUCGCUGUGAGAAUGGCUUUGACUCCAAGAAGGAGUGCCAGUGUGACUCAAUGUGCAAGUAUUACAAGAGCUGCUGUUCUGACUAUGAGGUCACCUGUGGCAUGACGACUCGAGGAGACACAUUUGUGUUAGCUGAGGAUGAUGAUAACAGUGAGCAGGUUGACAGUGUGACUCCCUCCCCUGGAUAUUCAGCAGAUGACAAGUCUUUACCUGCCAGAAGUCGUAAGCUCAUUCCCACACCGACGCCCAUAUCAGACUUCGCUCACAGACCAGCGCAGCGUCCAGAAACCACAUUGAAAAUGACCAAACCUCCACAAGUGUUUGACACAACCAUUCAAAGAGCCCCCCCUACAGUCCCACCUACACCGGAGGUCCCCAACGCAACUGAAACCCCUGAGAUUGACACAACAACCACCGCUCCAGUCACAGAGGCCACCACUGAAGCCCCUGACCCAGAUGCUGUGGUCUGCAGUGACAGACCUUUUGACUCCUUUAUGCAGCUAAAAAAUGGCUCCAUCUAUGCCUUCAGAGGGGACUUCUUUUUUGAGCUGGACCAGAAAACCGUGCUUCCUGGUUAUCCGAAACUCAUAAAAGAUGUGUGGGGCAUCAGAGGUCCUAUUGAUGCCGCCUUCACACGUGUCAACUGUCAGGGGAAGACCUAUAUCUUCAAGGGAAACAGGUACUGGAGGUUUGAUGAUGGCGUGCUGGAUGAAGACUAUCCUCGAGAUAUCAGUGUGGGUUUUGAUAAGGUUCCUGAUCAUGUGGAUGCAGUGUUUGCUCUCCCUGCUUCCAAUCACCAUGGAAAAGAGAAGGUGUAUUUUUUCAAAGGGGAUCAGUAUUACCUUUAUGAGUUUUUGCACCAGCCGUCCCAUGAGGAGUGUAUCACCAUGUCCGAGAGUUCUCCAUCCGUACUGUUCAGACGCUACACUGACCUGUACUAUAGCAACUAUGAGCGUGUUUUCAGCGAGCUCUUCUCUGACUUGCCUCAGCAUCAUGACAAACACCACUUCAUUAACAAGGACUGGAAGGGCCUCAAGUCUCCAGUGGACGCCGCCAUGGCCGGCAGAAUCUAUGUCACACCCUUGAGGUCAGAGCCAGGCCGCAACGACCAGCCUGACCAGCAGUGGGGUCAACAACAAGGCCAACAGUGGAACCAGCAGUACGGACAGCAGUGGAACCAGCAGUACGGACAGCAGUGGGGUCGCAGGAGACAAAGCCGUUCACCCUCCUGGGGCUCCAUGUCUGGGCAGGGGAUGAACAUGGGCCGGGACUUUGCUGAAAGGGGGAUGGAUAUGGGUCUAAGAAUGGCAGAGAAGAGGAUGGAAAUGGAGGAGAGGCUUGGACGAGAAUGGAGCAGACGGUGGGAUCAAGACUGGGAUCAGGAUAGACGGAGAGAUGGUUACCGCCAGAACAACAGAGGCAACUAUGACUCCAGAGACAACCGCAGAGAUGACAGAUCAAACUGGGAUUUGACCCAAAGGAAUCUGCCCAUGCAGAGCGUCUACUUCUUUAAAGGAGCUAAGUACUACAGAGUGGACCUCAGCACUAAGAGAGUUGACCACGCUGUGCCUCCAUAUCCCAGAUCCAUCGCCAAGUACUGGCUCGGCUGCUCAGACCCCACUGGAGCAGAGAAGAAGUAGUUUCAAAUAAUUUAGGUAUUUAAAUAUAAUCAUUUGGAUAAAGUUUGUAUAUAACAGAUCAUUCUUUUUUCGCUCAGACACGCUGCUGUUGGCUGUUGUGUCUCACUGGCUCAGUAUAACACAUAACCUACUACUCCUCAGCAUUAGGAAAUAUCGACGAUCAAUAAAAGUCCACACACAGCUGCUCAGCACAGUAGUUGGCCAAAGUUCAGGUAGUUUUCUGCAGAGAUUUCUCCUUUGUACUCAACAUCAGCUGACCUACUUUAGUAAAUGCAACUAGAUCAAGAUGUUUUGCAAAAGCAGCAAACAUAUUUUAUCUCACAUUUUCUAAACGUGCAAGUAACAGAUCAGUUUUAGGCUACAUUAUGUUAGAGAUGCCAUGUCUGUGUUGUGUCUGCACAUCUGCUCAUUUGUGUGGUGCCAUAUACAGUAUUUGUAUUUAGAGAGUUAUUUACUGGAAUGAAGAAAAAAUGUUUAUUGUCUCACUAUUAAUCAUGAACAUCACAGUAUAUACAGUGUAUAAGAAAAAUAAAGACAGGGUCUCUUGCCAGAUGGUCUGCAGAUUUUAAAUGAGUCAGGACAGUAAUGUGGAUUUUACCUGACAGCAGCAAGAUGUGACUUUCACAGCAGAGGUGUGGUUUGACAGCAGGUUGUGGAUCUACUGUUUUGCUCUCUGACAUACAGACAAACUUAGUUACUAUUUGUUUUAUAUUCACAAUCUGUUACAGUCGGUUUUUGUGUUUUCAACACAACAAAUAAACAAAUAAAAAACA